GAUAUGUUAGUACAUUGCAAACCAGAGCAGAUUGUCCGCCUCAUGAUCGAACUAUUCCCCGCACAUAGCCCCCAACAUGUACAACUGAGCGGAAUGAGAAACGGAAACUACAGUCUUACACUGUUUGACCCGACGCCUCAAGCCCGCUGGUACACAAUUACAAAUAUACGCAAAAUAUUCGACGUAUGGAUGUCAGUUCGUAACAAGCGAAGUGGCGAUAGAUACAUCCUACGCGUCCUAGGGAAGUCGGAGAGGAUGCAUUACGAAGUAACCACCCUCAUGUAUGUAGCACGUAGACUCCAAUACGCCGUACCAAACCUGGUGGCAUACAGUAAGACGACAGACAAUGCGCUGGGAGGAGCGUAUAUGCUACAAGAGCGGCUCCCGGGUCAACCACUGCAUGAGCUAUGGUCCGAGUUGAAUACUAAGCAACGACAGAGUGCGAUACGGUGCCUGGCCCGCGUGUUCAAAGACAUACAUGAAGUAACCAACACAUGUGCAGGUGUAAUCAGUAUUCUGAACACCGCCCACGAUAUAAAAGUCGACCUCAUCCGCGUCGAACCCUUUCCCAUCUCUCCCCAUCCCACAGCAACACUAGCCACUCCACAAACACCCCGCGACCUCCUCCUCUCACUGUGUGAACAACAACGCGGCUAUGCUAUCGCAAGAGGGGGCCCAACGUUCCCCCACAUCUGGCACGGCUUCACUAUUAUGAUCAACAAAAUGCACGCCCUGGGCCUCCUCCCAGACGACCAACCCUUCCACCUGCACAACCCCUCUCUCUCGCCGCACACCCUCCUCCUCACCAUCGUUGACGACUCCACUGUCAGUGUGUCCGGCAUCCUCUCCUGGAGCGACGCUGUCUUUGCGCCGAAAUUCGUAAGCACACUUGCGCCCUGGGAUGCAGCGGUGCGGUUUUGGGAUGUAAUUGCGGCAGAUGCAGAGGAGCGCGAGCUGCUGCGGUAUAUGCUCAACUUUUACGAUAUAGUGGGAGGGGAUUAUGGGAGGGGGGAAGAAAGGCGGGAGUAUGUUCUCGCGAGGCGGAUGUGGAGGGUUUUGGUGGAGGGGGUGCGCUCGGGCGGGGAUGUGGGUGUUGCUGAGGGGGUGUUGAGGGAGUUUGAAGGGUUGCUUCCGAUGAGGGAUUGA